UUUCAUCUUCUCCACAUGUUCCCCAAGACCACUAAUUUUUUUUGCAGGCACGGCCGACCUUUCACCUACUUCCCCUCUCAAGCUAACAGCUGCUGCGUUGCUAAAGACAACAACCGGUCGGCGUUUACAAAAUACAGUACUGGUGAUAAAGCUUGGGAAGAGCAUUCAGAAAUGUGGAUGAGUACACUUGCACGUUUUACUCGUCCCGUUUUUCAAAGGAGCCCGUAUCCAGUGGUCUGCAAGGCAAUGAAAGCUUGCUGUAGGAUUGAGCUGCCUGCUCCAAGUUUCUACAUGACUCCAGUACAUUUUCGCAGACAUCAAACCCUUGGUUCUGCCUCCAUGCCUGUGGCUGCUCACUCAAUGAGACAUGUCCGUGCUCUGGAGGAGGAGAGGCUGAUGGCGGUAGAAUGGGAAGAUGGAGGCCAAAGCUUGUACCCAUUCACCUGGCUGAGAGACAACUGCCAGUGUCCGCGCUGCACCCUGCAGUCAGCUGAGGCCCGCUUGCUGUUGAUGGCUGAUCUUGAUAUCCACACCGGAAUGGAUUCUGUGGAGGUUACCAAAGAUGGCAAGGUUUCCAUUGUGUGGCCCGACCAGCACAUGAGUGUGUUUGAUGCAGAGUGGCUGAAGAAACGCUGUUUUUCUGAUGCUGCCAGACAAGUAAUGCAGGAGGAGCUGUUCCUCAAUGAGCGUUACUAUUGGGACGCGACGCUCAGUAUUCCCCAAGCUGACUUCCAGGAAGUUCUCCAUGACGACGGGGCUGCGCUCGCCUGGCUCCUGGCCCUGCGGCGAGUUGGUAUCGUGCACCUAAAGGGGGCGCCUGCAGAGCAAGGUCAAGUGGCCAGACUGGCUGAGAGGAUUGGAUAUCUCAGGCUGACGUUUUACGGGCAUACAUGGCAGGUCCAGGACAAAUCCAUGGCAAACAAUGUGGCGUACACUUCAGGGAAGCUGAGCCUGCAUACAGACUAUCCAGCUUUACACUUUGCACCUGGGGUGCAGUUCCUGCACUGCAUUAACCAGGCGAAGGAAGGAGGGGAGAGCGAGGUGGUGGACGGUUUCCACAUGGCCGAGCAGCUGCAGCGAGAAGAUCCAGAGGCCUUCCGGACGCUCACCUCGCUCCGUGUGGACUUCACCGACACCGGGACGGACUACUGCGACUUCAUGCUGCACUCCAAGAACCACAUCAUCGACGUUGACUCCGAGGGAAAAGUCACAAAAAUCAACUACAACAACGCCACCAGAGACUCUGUGCUGGACCUCCCCUUACAUCAGGUCCAGCCCUUCUAUAGAGCCCUGAGGGCCUAUGUGGACAUCAUGAACAGGCCGGAAAACGUGGUCACCUACACCAUGAAGCCAGGUGACAUUGUGACCUUUGACAACUGGCGUCUGCUGCACGGCAGGAAGAGCUACAUCAGCAGGCCAGACAGGCUGCGACACUUGGAGGGUGCCUACUUGGACUGGGACGAAGUGAUGUCUCGUCUCCGGAUUGUCCGCAGAAAUGUCCACGGGGACGCGUGAGCGUCGGACAAAAGGUCACAUUUACAUAGAAAGACUUAAAGCCUC